UGUGCGGCCAUGACCUCGCUGCUAGGAGGCUACCCGUGGCCUGAAGGGCUCGAGUGCCCAGCCCUGGAAGCCGAACUGUCGGAUGGGCUGUCCCCACCAGCCGCCCCGCGACCCCCGGGGGACAAGGGCUCUGAAAGCCGCAUCCGGCGGCCCAUGAAUGCCUUCAUGGUGUGGGCCAAGGACGAGAGGAAACGGCUGGCGGUGCAGAACCCAGACCUGCACAACGCCGAGCUCAGCAAGAUGCUGGGAAAGUCCUGGAAGGCCCUGACGCUGUCCCAGAAGCGACCCUACGUGGACGAGGCGGAGCGGCUGCGCGUGCAGCACAUGCAGGACCACCCCAACUACAAGUACCGCCCCCGCAGGAAAAAGCAGGUCAAACGCCUCUGCAAGCGCGUGGACGCUGGCUUCCUCCUGAGCUCCCUGUCCCGAGACCAGAACAGCCUGCCCGAGAAGAGGAACGGGAGCCGGGGGCCUCUGGGUGAGAAGGACGAGAGGGGUGAGUACCCACCGGGCGCCUCCCUGCCCAGCCUCAGGGGCUGCUACCACAAGGCGCCAGGUGGCGGCAGUACCAGCACCACGGGCAGUGUGGACACCUACCCGUACGGGCUGCCCACGCCCCCAGAGAUGUCCCCGCUGGACGGGCUGGAGCCGGAGCAGACCUUCUUCUCUUCCCCCUGCCAAGAGGAGCACGCUCACUCCCACCGCAUCCCUCACUUGCAAGGGUCCCCCUACUCCCCCCAGUAUGCCCCCAGCCCCCUCCACUGCAGUCACCCCAUGGGUUCUCUGGCCCUCGGCCAGUCCCCAGGAGUCUCUAUGAUGUCCACUGUACCGGGCUGCCCCCCAUCGCCUGCCUAUUACUCCCCUGCCACUUACCACACUCUCCACUCCAACCUCCCCGCCCACCAUGCUCAUCUCGGGCAGCUCUCCCCGCCUCCCGAGCACCCAGGCUUUGACACGCUGGAUCAGCUGAGCCAGGUGGAACUCCUGGGGGACAUGGAUCGCAAUGAGUUCGACCAGUAUUUGAACACUCCUGGCCACCCAGACUCUUCCGCAGGGGCCCUGAGCCUCAGUGGUCAUGCCCAGGUCUCCCAGGUGACAGCAGCAGGCCCCACAGAGACCAGUCUCAUCUCCGUUCUGGCUGAUGCCACCGCAACAUACUACAACAGCUAUAGUGUGUCAUAGAGCCUCGAACCAGCAGGUGCAGCCCUGUCCACCCUGCCCUCUCAGACGCUGGAGCACCGCGGAGCGACAAGAGACAUUGAGAGACUGUGCAGCAUUCUCCGCUUUCCGAGAACGGAUCUCAGGGCCUGAGGAGAGGUCUGAACUCCUGGCCGGCAUCUGAGAGACUUGGAACUAAAGCUGAAGGGUGUCUUGCUGAGCUCAGUGGCUCCCCCACUCCCACCCCCCACCGUCCCUUGACCGUCAGUUCCACUCUCUUCAGCUGGUGUGUUGAGUAUAUUCCUUCAAAUGAGUUAUCACUGGUGACAGCUGGGGAAUAUGACACUGGGGUUACUGAAAGAUGCUGUUUAAUGGUAGAGUCUCACCUGCUUCUCUUUCCAAACACCUCCUGGUUGAAACAAAUGUGCUCCAAGCCCGACGCUGGCCUCUUUCCUGCUGGCUGUCCACUCGGAUACCGGCUGACUCGUCUCGGGCCCCUCAUUGACGAGCUGUGGACAAGGAGUCUGGGUUCCCUAUGGUUAAAUGAGGGGCCCUCUUUGCUCCACAUUCUUCUGAUUUAAGGUCCCCUAAGGGCUAACUAAAAGGAAGAUGGGAAAUUUGACGCCUUAAUACGCUCGUUAACGUGCAUCUCCGUGAGAUUUUGGUGUGUUCACUCCCUUCCACAAUGAUUACAUUUUUUUCAAAAGGACGAAUGUUCAGUUUGAAAAACCAAACCAAACCAAGCACUCAUCUUCAUUUGGGAAAUUAACUUCCCUGGUUGAGUGGCUUGUGCUUGUUUUGUUUUGGUUGUGUGUGUGAGAGAGGAGAGAAAGAGAAAACUUAAGUAAGUUCUCUUGUAUCACAUGCAAACUGCAUGACAAACUACCCUGUAAAUAUAUACAAUAAAUGUGUGGGUGAAACACACAGGCCUUCACGCACAGCCUUAAACAUACAUCUAUGGGUGCCAAACAAAGAUGUCCUUGUUCAUGGUGCUAACAUCAUAUCAACUCCCUGUUCCUAAUGACCAAAGGCGCCACGGUACCUAACAAGAACUUGGAAUAAAACAACCUUCCUUUCUUCAAGUCUUGGGGUGUCGUUUUCUGCAGCACGGUUCCAGCACACACACACCUCUCCGGAUGCAAACAGAGCUUCCUUCUCUGCUGGCUCUGUCUUCUUUUCUUCCUUUGCUGGAUUUUCUUUCUUGUCCUCCACUCUUGAAUUAGGGACUACUUCAUAGAGAGCAUCUUAUUUAUAAUCCUAAACAUUUUCCUCACACACAAGCUGGUUCCUUGAGGCCAAUUCCUUCAGCCAAAAUUUGAGAACACAUUUCCUGCCCCCACUUUGAUUCUACGAAAUUCCCAAAGAGCAAACAUGCCCUGUGAUGUGGAAAAUAUUUCUGAGCCUUGCUCCUACCCCCAAACAUUUCCCCACCUCUCUUAAAGUCCCCUUUGAAGGAACAUACCUAACAAUGAGACAGCUAUUUGUCUUUUGAUUUCAACAUAUUAUUGCCAUAUAAACUGUGUGUUUUAUAUAUUCUACUAUUAUUUCCCCUUAUGUUUUGUAUGGUUAAAGUAUGCUUUUUUUCCUUCCAAGAAGUCUUACUGUAAAAUGGCUUACCAGAUAUGAUUAAUCUUUAUGCUAUUAUCGUAUAUGACACUUGGUAAUAAAUAGUCAACUGUUGAGGAUGUGAUUGACUGGGACACAAUCCAGAAUAUGUAUUAAUAGUCUUUUCAAACAUUAUCACAGACAUUAAGCUAAACUGUUACUUGUUUCCCUUUUUGUAAGAACUACACAUGCUUUGGAACUGUUGUAGAUAUUGAUUUGUCUAAAAUAUUUAAUUUAAAUAAACGUUUUUGUACCA